AUGAGCCCUUGGCUGCACCUGGCAUAGCUCCUAGAGCAGUGGUUCUCAACCCGUGGUCGCAAUCCCUUGGGGGUUGGACAACUGCUUCAGAGGGGUCACCUAAGACCACCGGAAAACACAGAUAUUUCAUUUUGAUUCAUAAAAGUAGCAACAUUACAGUUAUGAAGUAGCAAUGAAAAUAAUUUUAUGGUUGGGAUCAACACAACAUGCAUUAAAGGGUCGAGGUGUUAGGAAGGUUGAGAACCACUGUCUAGAGACGCCAGUUUUGAGAGCGGCCAUCAUGCCUGGUCACUGGUGAACCCAUUCAGUCAGGAAAAUCGUCACUAGAGCUUCCCCUACUUCCAGAUAUCCCCUUUGGGUAACCACUCUGCCCGAGCUGCUGGCAGGAAGCAGCCUCUACCUGGUGCAGGAGGCUCAGUCUCUUUUCUGAUCCCCAGGCUGAGGCCCUGGGAGUGUGUACGUUCUUGCAAACAGUCAUUCCUACUGCUAGAAUCGUGGUAUGGGGCUGGAGAGCCCGAGAAAAAGACGCCAGAGGCAGUGCCGUUUGAGUGCCCAGUCGUAAGGACAAGGAGAGCUGGCAAAAAUGGCCUCUAAGAGCUCUUCUUAGUAUGAGUACUGCUUAGGGAUCUGACCCCAGAGAGCAGCCAAUUGUAACACAACCCCCUAAAGAAGUAGGGUCCUCCAGCCGAGUGAAGAACAGGGUCCUAAAACUGGACAAAAGCAGGAGACAGCCACUGGGGGGCACUCUUGCAGCCUGCUCCAUUAACACUGAAUAGAUAUGACAACUGUUCCCUCUGCUCAAGACUGUUGCCUGUACAGAGGUGGCUUGUCCUGUCUCUGAGGAGCUUUGGCAUCUAGGCGCUGUGGCCAUACGGUUGUUGACACCCUGCUCCCCAGCUCUGACUCACUGGGGUUUUGUACUCAGAUUCAAAGGGCUCCAUUGACUGCAGGGCUGAGGUCAGUUUCUCCUGCUGCAGCCUGGUCUGCCGGGUGGCAAGACAGUCAAACGCCAAUGGGCCUGGCCACUGGACAGCAGGGCAGGAGUGUGGGGACAGCUGAGCAGCAUGAGACCAACAGUGUCCUUUCUCUUAGGAGGGACACAAGGCCUCUCACCAAAACAAGCAGGCUACUUUUAAGAUAUUGAGGAGCCUCAAAUUUCCUGCACGAUGCCUCUGAGUGUUGUGUGGCAGAAGUACCACACCAGAGGGAGCUUGCAAAGCUUACUGACUUGCUUGGGUGGUCCCAUAGCUCCUGUUUUUCUUCCUGGGAGAGGCCAGAGGGAGUAGCCAGGGAGUGGCCCAAGAAACAGACUGGGGUGGUCAGGGACCCAAGCCAAAAAGGCCAUCCAGAGGGUGGUGGGGCGCUCAAGAGGGAGCUGCUCCACCCUUCCACCAGCACCCGCAGACUGAGCCCCCUGGGGUUAUUUCCACAGGGAAGCACAGUCAACCACUCAGUAGUUAGCCCGGCCCUCAGCCUGCAGCCUGGCCCCAGGUGGGUGGUGGGCAGAGCAGGGCAAGAGUAAGUGAGGGAGUCCUUCUGGGGAUCUGGAGAGCGAGCGGAGUGGAGCUCCUGGGCAGGGAAGGCCCUGGGUGUGAAGUAUAGGACAAGCUCAGGGGAGGGCUCCCUCUGGCUCCGCCUCACCGUGGUAAUUUGACACCUAGAUCUCCAGGACAACCAACAACAAAAAAGCUGAAGCUGGACAGCAGCUGGCUGUCAGGACAAGAGCUUGCUAGGAGGUGCCAGGGUGAGAAGCAGCAGCCCCCGGCCGCCGGCCGCCGCCGCCGCCGCCGCCGCCGCCGCCGCCGCCACAGGGCAGGAAGGAGGCGGCAGCGCCGGUGCAGAAGUCAAAGGUGGUGGCAAAGGACCAAGAGGAAGCGCAGAAAGGCUCUGGACUGGGGCACCCCUGCUUGGCUCCCCAGUAUCUGAGCUCCCAGAAUACAGGAGCUAGCAUCAUGGCAGCCACGGACUUGGUGGAGGAGAUUCGCUCUGUGGGUGAGAGGCUGCUGCUGAAGCUGCAGGGGCUGCCCCAGGCCGAGCCCGUGGAGCUCGUGGCCUUCUCUAUCAUCGCUCUUUUCACAGCCACGGUCCUGCUACUGCUGCUGAUAGCCUGCAGCUGCUGCUGUGCGCACUGCUGCUGCCCUGAGCAGAGAGACAGGAGGAUCCCCGUGCCGCCCGUAAAACCCAGAUGAGGGACAACAGCGAAUGCCCGGAGAAGCUGACAGGAACCUUCCAGAGCUGUGACACAGGCUACCGUCCUGGCCACCUCACUCCUCCAGACAGGUCACCUGACCUCAGUUCUGGCACUGCCCAGGUGACAGGAGACGCCUGGAGCCUCAUCAAGCAGACACCAGUGCUUAGGAGGAGCCACUGCUUCCGAGACUCAGGAGACCACCUAGGUCUUCUGCUAAGCUGUACCCCUAAGGGCCCCACACUCUGAACAGCUCUUAGUUGUGGGGAGCUGGCCCUUGGGGCUCUGCUGACUUAGGCCAAACAGAAGUAAACGAAUCAGGAACUUUGUGCAGUUUACUGGACUCCACGCCUCCUGCUGAGGGGGGGAGAACAUGUCAGUAUUCUAGCUGAAAUUUGCUUACUUCCAAGUAAAAGCUUUUUUGGUUAUGA